GCUCUUUUGCAUUUGUUAUCGAAGACGAAUGUAAAUUUUUCAGAUUUUCGCGACAAAAUACCUAUCUGCGCUAGUUACAAAACCAGCGUCCGAACUUUACGCAAGUGAUAGAUCAAUAAUCGCAAAUUCUUUAUUACACAAAUAUACGACAUUUGUAUAACUUUGGCUUCCCUCUUUUUAAUUGAAAAAAAUAUAUAAGUAAGUAUAGGUAGCGCUCAUGAAAAUGUGUCUUUAACUCGCGCGCGAUGGUAACCAGAAGGGAAACAAACUUACACGCGGCGGUCUUGCGAUUUUAAAGGGAACAACGAAAGUCGACGUUGGAUCGACAGUUUUUUUCAAAGCAUUAAUUAUUACGAGCAGAAAUGACGAUGGACGAGGGAAAGUUCGACGGCCUUCUGUUGUCCAUGGCUCAGCAACACGAAGGCGGUGUCCAGGACCUUCUAGAAACAAUCUUCAGCUUUCUGGCGAGGAAAACAGACUUUUACACUGGUGGAGGUGAUGGUGCCGCAGAGAAGCUUGUGAACAGUAUAUUCAAGAAAUAUGAAGCUACGGCUGUUGCCAAGUCAAAGGCAGAGAAAGCUGAGCGAGCUGAGCAGGAGAAGAGGAGGAAAGAAAAACUAGAAAAAAAGAAGAAAGAGGAGGAACUAAGUUCAGUAGUGCUUAACGAAGAUGAGAAGAUUGUUGAACUGACGGAUGAGCAGGCUUCCAAGCUACAGCAAGAACUAGACUCUAAAAAAAGUCCAAAAGAAGAUAGCGUAGCAAGUGCUGGAACGAGUAGUACCAGUGUAGAAGAAACCAACAAAGUUGAAGAUGUCAAAAUGGACGAGGAAGACGAUGAGGAGGAAAAGGGUAAGCUGAAACCCAAUGCUGGCAAUGGCGCAGACUUACCAAAUUACAGAUGGACACAGACUCUCCAAGAAGUUGAGAUAAAGGUACCUCUGAAAAUCAACUUCAGCGCCAAGCCAAAGGACCUGAAAGUGACGAUAACGAAGAAGCACCUGACGUGCGGUGUCAAGGGUCAGCCUCCCAUUAUUGACGGCGAUUUUCCCUACGAGGUCAAACUCGAAGAAUCCACCUGGGUCAUCGAGGACGGCAAGACUCUGCUCAUCAAUUUAGAGAAGGUCAACAAGAUGCAAUGGUGGGCUAACGUUGUAACGAGCGACCCCGAGAUUAGCACAAAGAAGGUGAAUCCCGAGCCGAGCAAGUUAUCGGACUUGGACGGCGAGACGCGAGGACUCGUCGAGAAGAUGAUGUACGAUCAGCGCCAGAAGGAGCUUGGUCUGCCUACGUCCGACGAACAAAAGAAGCAAGAUGUUAUCAAAAAGUUCAUGGAGCAGCAUCCGGAAAUGGACUUCUCCAAGUGCAAAUUCAACUGAUGCACGGCUACGCAGCAGCGGCAACUUAUCAACGUUUACUCGUAAGAUCUAUUAUGGUUAAAGAUGAGGAAUCCCAAAUGAUGUGAAAAUACUCUUCACGCUUAUCGCACCGAUGGGUUCGUGUCUUUCUAUGUCGGGACCUGGUCCAACUGAUGCGACAAUCGAGGGCUCAUAAAAUUAGGCCCGACCUAUCCGGCAUAGGCGACACCGCAGCAAAGUUCUUUUAGAAAGAUGUUCUCUAUGUAUUGAAUUUCCAUGGUUACGAUUCGUUCAUCAACUUUUUUUUUAUUGUACUAUCGACACUUAAAUAUAAGUAUUAAGUAAUUAAAGAUAAUUAAUCAAGUGA